AUGAAAAGACAAACGCCAGACGGAAGUCCCGCUGCCCAGCCCCCACUGUGUGUUGCCGUGACAGCGGGACAUGCUGGCAUAGUCAGGAUACUCUGCGAAGCGGGCGCAAGCAUCAAUGCGGCAUGCAUUCACAGUGGAGAGACCGCUCUUCACCAUGCUGUCAAGGCGGGACGCGACGACAUCCUUGACAUCCUCCUCCGAUUCGAACCCGAUUUGAACGCUCGAACGUUACCUACGCAUGAGACACCACUUCACUACGCGGCAGCCAAAUCAGGAUCUACCGCCGCCGUUGCUGCGCUACUCAAACAUGGAGCGAACUACGAAUCGCUGAACGGCCAGGGCUGCAGUCCAGCUGAUGUAGCUCUUCAGGCACAAGAUCUCGAUAGAGCUAUCCAUAUCAUUCGAGCUGCCGGCAGCAAAUCGCACAAACUCGCAAAAGGAAAAAAAUUGCUUUUGGACCAGAUUCUGGAUUCGCGCCGCCGGUCGUCGCUCAACAAAGACCUGGUUGCAGAAGCUCUCAGAUUGGCAUGCCCAUCCGAUUCUACAGCUCUGGUAGAGGCAAUCAAGACGCGCGACGCGAGCCUUGUCAAGCUUGUCCUCGAGAGAGGCUCAAACCCCAACGAAGCGACCGCAUCUGGUCUCUACCCCAUAUUUGCGGGCUUCGACGCUUGCAGUGCACCCGUCGUACAAGCCCUCGUGGAGUAUGGAGCGGAUGUCACGUUGCGAAACCCACAUGGGCCAAACGUGCUUCAGGCCGCGCUGGCGAGCCCUUUGUCGCGCGAUAAGGAAGCGAUCACGUCGGUCUUUGAGUUGCUACUCUCCUGGGGGGCUGACGCAAGUACGACUUACUCCGAUGGCAGGACGAUGCUUCAUCGUACCGUUAGCCAAGAUCUCGGGUUGGUGAGGAUUGUACAUCUGCUUCUGAAACAUGGUGUCAGCAUCGAUGCACAAGAUCAAAAUGGGUACACUGCGUUGCACGUCGCUGCUGCAUCGCCACCUUGUGUUGCAUUGCUCCUGAAGCACGGCGCAAAUCCCAAUACGAUAAACGCCAAGGGCCUCACACCGCUUCUCGAUGGUCUCAGAAGCGCGACGAGUGACAAUGAGCCAGAUUUUCGAGAAUUGAUCAAAGCAUCCGACAGGGGAACAGUUGAUCCAGCAGGAAGGACUUCUCUACACUUCGCUGCCCAGAAUGGAUUGACCAAGACGGUGAAGUCGUUGCUUGAAGCUCGCGCCGAUACAAGCUUGACUGAUACAAAGAAACGCACCCCGCUCCUGCUCGCCGUUUCCAACCACCAAUGGGCAAACGUCGCCUUGCUUGCGACACAGCCAGGCAACAACUCCUGGGACGAUAACGGUCUCACAGCCCUGCAUCACAUUGCCAUUAGCACUCCGAAAGCUCCAUCAACAUGGAAGCACAUCGCCGCUGCUGCAGCGCCAUUCUGUGAGAAGGGCGUUAGCCGUAGCAUGCGAGAUCAGACGGGUUCCACACCUCUUAUACAGGCAGCCAAAACUCUUCCCGAGGAAGGCUUGCCUAUUUUAGAAGUACUGCUUUCACAGAAGGGCUCGGAGCGAAGUAAUUGCGUAGCCCACGAGGACCAUGAUCAACGUAAUGCUUUGUACUAUGCGGCAACCUCGAGCAAAGUGACGUUCGUGGAAGUACUCUUGAGGUAUGGCUCGCCGUUCACUCUGAGUGAGUGGCGAGGGAAGAAGGGACCAGUCAAGCCAGACAGCGCGGCCAACAAGCGGAUUCUGAACCUUUUUGCGGAGCACGAAUGGAUCCGACGUAUGGGAAGGCUGCAUCGACAGUUCAGUACUGCCAAUGAUGAGGACUUGCUGCCCAAGAUGCUACCAAUUCGCGAUCUGAAAGACAUGCUCACCAUGGGCCUCGAUCCAAACCGUCUACCAUCGGGCAAGCUUCCGGGUUCACUCCUUUGGGCGUUGCUUGAUUACAGUAUCUCUUUGCCAAGUUUUCCUUCCAGUUAUGAUCACGAUGCUCUCAAGCUGGUUUUCGCCUUUGGUGCGGAUCCGAACGCGAUGACGAGCCGAAAGCCUCCACGUGCAUCGACUGUGCGUAACUCCCAUCAGACUCCAAUGUCGGUGCAUCCGCUCACCCACAUUCUUGAGCAAUGCCCGCGUGUAAGUUUAGGCUUGGUCAAACUUCUGCUCGACAACGGCGCAAAACUUUCAGUUGCAUCACUGCUAUACGACGGUCGUUAUCCACUUCAUUCAGCCGUGCGAGCCAGUUGCCCUGUAAUCGUAGACGAGAUGCUUCGCCGGAAGCCAUUUGUCGACUGCAGCGAUGAUAAACAACGCACUCCACUUUUCAUUGCGGCGGAGGAUGGACUCGUUGAGAUUGCUGACUUGCUACUACGUUCCGGAGCUAGGGCUACUGCGGUGGAUGUUGAAGGCAAUACUCCCCUCCACGUCGCGGCAGCUACAGGCAGUACGCAGGUGUUAACAUGCCUACUCCGCGCUGGCGCAAAAGCUACCUGCGAGAAUAGUAAGGGUCUUACGCCUUUGCGCUGCUUGUCGGACCACUUGCCAGAUGAAGAGAAACGCAAGAUUACGGUUUUGAUGGAGCAAGCUCAAGAAUUGGAACGUCGCAAACUGGCCCCUCCGGCAGUAAACUCCAGAGGGCGCAUGAAAGGACCUGGACUGGAGAAGCCAGCAGUAAACGAGGGCAGGAAAGUACUAAGGAAACCCCGUAACGUGCCAGCCCAGCCAUCCACGACUGUCACCAAUGCGCCCUCCGCUCGAACUCCCAUUGUUGUACCACCAACCAUAACAAACCUCAAUCCACCACAGGUUCCUACAAAAGACACCCCGGCACCACUCCGGUUUUCUAUUCGCUACACACCGCCUACACCGCCGACCCUUCCGUCUACCGUUGCCCCACCGAAGCCUUCUCCCGUCCCUAACGAUGGAGUUCAACAGCCGCGCCAUGCUCCUCGCGUGGACAGUGGUCUUGAUCUUUCCAAGGCGGGCAAGGAACGUUCUCCGCCCGUUUUGGAAAGGAACAAAGCUACUUUCGAUUCUUUGGGAGAUUCUCCUACUGAAGAAGAUGAGCUGAAGAGUUGGUUGAGUAUGAGUAAGAUGCUGGACCGGCUUUAA